UAGAGGGGAAAGUAUUAAAUUGCAGUCGGCAGUGGGGGCUUCAAGCUGGGAACCUUUUCUCUGCUCAGCCUUUUCUAGCCUGGACUGGGUGCCAAGAGGACCUGUGGCCACCAUUUCUUCCCCUCUGCAAGCCACUGAUUUCCCAACAUCAUGGACCCGAAAGCCAUGAAGGAGGAGCUGCGCCUCUUCCAGAGCACCUUGCUCCAGGAUGGCCUCAAGGAGCUGCUGAACGAGAACAAGUUUGUGGACUGCACUCUGAAAGUGGGCGAUCGGAGCUUCCCCUGCCAUAAACUCAUCAUGGCUGCCUGCAGCCCAUACUUCAGAGAGAUAUUAUUUUCCGAGGAUGGCAAGGAGGUGAAGGCCAACAAGGAGGUGGUCCUGGACGAUGUCAAUCCCGCAAUCUUGGACAUGAUAAUUAUGUAUCUGUACUCGGCCGAGAUCGACCUCACUGACGAAAAUGUGCAGGACAUACUUGCUGUAGCCAAUCGUUUCCAGAUACCUUCAGUCUUCACCGUGUGUGUUAAUUAUCUUCAGAAGAAGCUCUCCGUGACCAACUGUCUGGCAAUCUUCAGGAUGGGUCUGGUCCUUAACGUGCCCAGGUUGGCGGUGUCCGCCCGUGACUACAUCGCAGACCGCUUCGAUAUCCUCUCUAAAGACGAGGAGUUCCUCCAGCUGGCCGCUCAUGAACUGUUCGCAGUCAUCGGUGGCGACUCGCUCAAUGUGGAGAGGGAGGAGAUGGUGUUCGAAGCCCUCAUGAAAUGGGUCCACAACGACAAAGACAAACGUGUCCAGGUACUGGGUGACGCCUUUGAGUGCAUCCGCUUCCGCCUCAUGCCCGAGAAAUACUUCCACGACAAAGUGGAGACAGACGAGAUCAUCAAGGCUGACCCAGAACUCCUGAAGAAGGUCCAGAUGAUCAAAGACGCGUUCCAGGGGAAACUCCCAGAGAAGAAGGAGAAGGUAGCUGGGGAUAAGGGGGCGGACGGUGAGGGUGGCGAGACAGAGGAGGUUUUCCCAGGUUUCCUGAACGAUAACCGUCGCCACGGCAUGUACGUCCGCGACCUGAUCCUGAUGAUCAACGACACGGCAGCGGUGGCGUACGACGUCAACGAGAACGAGUGUUUCCUGGCGGCCAUGUCGGAACAGAUCCCCCGGAACCACGUCAGCCUGGCAUCACAGAAGAACCAGCUCUACCUCAUCGGAGGACUGUUUGUGGACGAGGAGGACAAGGACGCCCCCCUACAGUGCUACUUCUAUCAGUUGGACACUCUUGCAGCUGACUGGGUAGCUCUGCCCCCCAUGCCUUCCCCUAGAGCCCUUUUCAACAUGGGAGAGUGUGAGAACCUGCUGUUCGCUAUUGCUGGAAAAGACCUCCAGAGCAACGAGUGUUUGGACUCUGUGAUGUGCUAUGACGUCCAGAAGAUGAAGUGGAGUGAGACCAAAAAGCUUCCCCUGAAGAUCCACGGCCAUUCUGUGGUCUCCCAUAAGGGUUUGGUGUACUGCAUUGGAGGAAAGACUGAUGACAACAAAGCCCUGAACAAGAUGUUUGUAUACAACCACAAGCAGUCAGAGUGGAGGGAGCUGGCUGCCAUGAAGACAGCCAGAGCCAUGUUCGGAGCCAUCGUUCACAAUGGAAAGAUCGUGGUGGCUGGUGGAGUCAACGAGGAAGGCCUCACUGCUGCAUCUGAAGUCUACGACUUUGGAACAAAUAAAUGGGAGGCAUUCACAGACUUUCCCCAGGAGAGGAGCUCAGUGAACCUGCUGAGCAAUGAGAGUACCCUGUACGCCGUGGGGGGCUUCACCUUCAUCCAGAAUGACAACAAGGAGGUGGUCCCCGCAGAGAUUACUGAUGUUUGGCAGUACGAGGAGGACAAGAAGGAAUGGAGCGGGAUGCUGAGGGAGAUGCGUUACGCCGCUGGCUCCUCCUGCGUGUCCAUGCGCCUCAAUGCUGCCAAGAUGCCCAAACUCUAGACCCUCGCUGCCCAGUCAUGAUUCCCCAUGAUGCCCUCUGUCUGCCCGGAUUACCACCAUCUCCUCUGGGUAGUCUUUCCAUUUCAGGAAUAGAGGGGGUGUCACAUGACAAUUCAAAUGUGGACUCUUAUUAGUUGAUUGUGUUGUGAGUUUCUUUUUGCCUCUUUCUGAUCUCAGGUGAUUUUCUGUACAAUAAAAACAUCUACUUUGCUUCAGUGAAGACCGCAUCAGUAUAUUAGUUUCCCUCAUUAUAGAGUAACCCACAACGUGUAUUUAGCUAGCUUUUUUGUAAAAUAAACAUUUGUUCAAAAACUCCUGUUAUGGUUGUUUUGAAUUUGGAGAAACAGUUGUCGCCAUUUUUAUGGCUGGUUAAGUUUAAACAUUUGUCUGUGCAUUGCACGCAUGUUUUACUAGAACUAGAUUCAGGUCGAAGAUAUGGUAUAUCAGGAAAUUAAAUCUAAGUGUGAGCCAGUUGGUAUAGUAAAAACUAACAUGGGAAACACCUACUCAUUGGCAGGUUUAAACAACUGCCAUGCAUUAUGCAUACACUAUGUACACUACAUUAUGUGUCAUACCAAGGCUGUAGGUCCCAGUAGAUUUCCACAGUAGGUUUGACAUACAGUAGGUUAAUCUCAUUAACCCACAGUGGUGGAAAAAGUACCCAAUUGUCAUACCUUAAUAGAAAAUGACUAAAGUAAAAGUGAAAGUCACCCAGUAAAAUAAUACUUGAGAAAAAGUCUAAAAGUAUUUGGAUUUAAAUAUACUUAAGUAUCAAAAAGUAAAUGUAAUUGCUAAAAUAUACUUCUGUAUCAAAAGUAUAAAUCCUUUCAAAUUCCUUAUAUUAAGCAAUCCAGACAGCACAAUUCUCUUUCUGCUUUAUUUAGGGAUAGCCAGUGGCACUCUCCAACACUCAGAAAUAAUUUACAAACAAAGCAUUUGUGUUUUUUGAGUCCGCCAGAUCAGAGACAGUAGGGAUGACCAGGGAUGUUCUCUUGAUAAGUGUGUGAAUUGGACCAUUUUCCUGUCAUGCUAAGCAUUCAAAAUGUAAUGAGUAAUUUCAGGUGUCAGGGAAAAUGUAUGGAGUAAAAAGUAUAUUAUUUUCUUUAGGAAUGCAGUGAAGUAAAAGUUAUCAAAAAUAUAAAUAGUAAAGUACAGAUACCCCCAAAAACUACUUAAAUUGUACUUUUAAGUAUUUUUACUGAUGUACUUUACACCCCUGGUAACCCAGAACUGGAAAUCUCUGUCUGUCCUAGAGAUGAAAUGUAGGUGAACUAGGUAACAUUUUUGACAUGCGUUAUUCUGGAUUGUUUUGUUGUUAUUCUGUCUCUCACUGUUCAAAUAAACCUACCAUUAAAAUGAUA